AUGAAGAAGUCUCGUCGUGCAGACUUGUCGCUGAAAGCCCAUUCUGAAUCCGAGAACACCAACAAUGGUGAAGACGCUUCCUCCGAUACUACCACCAUCAUGAAAAAGAGCUCUCAAAAAUCUUCAAUAUCGGGUUCUUCACUCAAUUUAAAAUCAUUGAUUGCGAGCAAACAACAAAAGAGAAAGAAUUUAAAGAUUCAAAGCGGUGAUGAGGAGCAGCAUUCCGAUGAGAAUGCACUUGACGAUGUACAGCAACAAUCAUCAAAGAAGGUUAAAUUUAGUAAAAUGAGUGGAGAAAGUAUUUCAAUUUUGGAUAAAUUGAGAAACAAAUUUAUACAUGCAUCCAUGAAAGCAGAACAAAAUGGAGGAUUGAAGAAAUUCACCAACAAAUUCCUCGUCGAUCCAUUUGCUUCCAUGUUAUCUUCCAAGAUGGAAAUUCCAGAAAGUUUUGUCUCGAAACAUCACAUUGAUGAGUACAUGAUGAACAUUCCCAAAUAUCAUUUUCAAAACACUCAAAAUCCAAUAUUUAUUGAAUAUCGUACCAAUGAUUUGAAUGACAACUCGUAUCAGAAACUGUGUGUUUGCAUUGAUUUUGAUAAGAAGGUGAAAGAUGUGUGGUAUCAUCACUUUUAUAGGCCUUGGCAAAGUGAUGAGUUGAAGGAAUUUAUUGAAACAUUGAAGAGUCGAGAAAUGAAAGUGAUGGACACUAUCAAUUCUGAAACAGCAGAUGGAGAUAAGGCACUUGUUUUGGGAGACAUGAUCCAAUUUGUUGGCUCCAUGAAAGAGGAGGAAUUGAAUGCCAUUUACAAGUGUUUCACAAAGGAAGAGCGUGUGAUAAAACUGUUAUCUACAGAAUGGAAUGAGAAUGAUAAAUUAGAGGAUUUAUUCAUUACAGAAACGAAACAAUCCAAAUUUGAAUUUGACAUUGAAGACGCUCCUAUGGAUGGAAACAAUUGUGCAUCCACCAACAUUUUGGAUAAGAUCAAGAGAGAAAAGUCAUUCACCUUGAACGAACUAUUGGUUGAGGAUGACCUUAUUCGAAAAUGGAAAGAAUAUCUUGACCAAGUCACGGAAGAUGAAUCCAAAAGCAAACAAAAAUCCAAUCAAUCCUCACAAACAUCUCUAAGACUGAAAAUUAAGACAGGCUCAUCUUACAGCAACCCAAAAAGCUCUACACCUCUCAUUCACUUUAGAGAUGAUUUCCAAGGUCGAUUAUUCACCAUUAUGAAUGAUUAUAGAGAUUUAUAUUUUCCAAAUUGCACUCCUUAUAAUCAUCGAGUUUGUGUCGAGACAUACACUCUACAUAUUGUAAAUCAUUUACUCAAAACAAAACGAUAUGAAUGGUAUAAUGACACAAAAAGAGAAUUCUACACCAAAGAACAAUACACCGUCAGAGAUGACAGUUACAAUACUGCCAAAAUUUUAGUGUUGGUUCCAAACCGUUUUGUUGCUUUUCUCAUUGUGGAGCUCAUGCUUGAACUAAUACCAAAACUUCUCUCUGUUCGAAGACGUGAAGCUUUCGAGUUGACAUUUGAUGUGGAUGAGGAAGAUGAAGAAAUUAAAAAGACAAAACCAGUUUGGUGGCAGCAACUUUUCGAAGGAAAUACCAAUGAAGAAUUUAGUUUAGGUUUGAAAUUGAAAGACUACCAUGGACAAUUGGAAAUUAUGGCCCUUGUUGCAGAAUCUGACAUCAUUAUUGCAACACCUAUUGGAAUACAACUGGAAAAUGUUGCAGACAGAUAUGAGAGAUUUUUAUCGUCGAUUGAAGUUUGCAUUAUAGAUCAAUGUGACAAAUUAUUGAUGCAAAACUGGGAACAUGUCACCAAGACUUUGGAUAUUGUCAAUGUUGAGGAGCAGCAAAAAUUCACUUUUGAUCUUGAUUUUGACAUUUUAAAGGAAUAUCACAUUCAAGGAUUUGCCAAGUACUUUAGGCAAACCAUCGUAUUCAGUUCAUAUAUGAGUCCUGACAUUAAUGGGCUCGUUACAAACUACUGCAAAAAUAUGAGAGGACUCGUGAAAGUAAGAUCCUUCUAUGAGGGAGUGUUGUCACCUCUUGCAGGAAAUAUUCCUCAAAUUUUUGAAAGAAUUUCAUGCACUGAUCCAACUACUGUCGACGAUGAAAGAUACAAUUAUUUUGUGAACACUGUUUUUCCUCGAUUCAAAAACAGCAUGGAUGGCCGAUUUCUCAUCAUUGUAUCCUCGUAUUUGGAUUUUGUUCGUUUGAGAAAUUAUUUUGACAUGUGCAACAUUCCUUUUUAUGGAAUUUCAGAAUAUACUGAAAAAACGAAAAAUGUUCUCUCCAAAUUCAGACAAGACAGUGCAAACUUUUUAGUGUAUACAGAACGACACUUUUAUUAUCAUGCACCAAAAUUGUCAGAUUUCAAAAUUAACCAAAUUGUGUUUUAUUCACUUCCAGAAAAUGCAUUCGUUUAUGAAAUAUUUGGAAAGAAAGGAAUUAAUAUUCGUUCUCAAUAUCCCUCCUGUCGAAUGUUGUCAUUAUUUACCACCUUUGAUGCUCUCAAAUUGGAACGCAUUGUUGGAACCAAACGAUGCAAACAUUUACUCACCUCAGAUACUGACAUUAAUUUAAUUGACAAGUAA